AUGGCGUCAAGUUCCAGAGUGAGGGAGGAGCCAUUGAUCCCUAAGAAGAGUUGGCCGCGCAAUCAUAAAUCUGUAAAUCGAGGUGUGAUCAUCAACAAUUGUCCUGAUACAAGUCCGGAUUGGAUUGAACCUAAUUCAAAGACGAAGCCGGCAUCUGCCAGAAAAGUUCCUGUUCUGUACUACCUAUCUCGGAAUGGUCAUCUUGAACAUCCUCAUCUAGUCGAUGUCACUCUCUCUUCUCCUCAUGGUCUCUAUCUCAGAGAUGUUAUGAACACUUUGAAUUAUCACCGAGGAAAAGGAAUGGCGAACAUGUAUUCGUGGUCUUUCAAACGGAGCUACAAAAGUGGAUACGUAUGGCACGACGCCUCGGAAGAGGACUUGAUUCAACCGACGAACGGCCACGAUUACGUCGUCAAAGGAUCACAGCUUCUCCAAACACAUGCAUCUCGAAAUCUGCCGGAAACCUGCCAUACCGGCGACAAUUGUAGCUCGACGAACACCGCCGCCGCGGCCAUGGUCGUAAAAAGGAAUCAAUCAUGGAGCUCAUUCGACAUUCCACAGGACUAUUUAGUUCUCAAAUGCGAGUCGAACAGAGAGCUCGGCACGAAGUUCGCCCCCGACGCAGCGACGCAGACCGUAGAGUUAAGUAGGGAAGAAAUACCGUCUCCUCCGCCGUCGAAUUCGAGCUCGGACGUGGUGAGUGGAUCGAGAUCGAGAUACAUAGAUCAGAGGGCGAAGGUGAGAAAUGGUGUUAAGUCGGUGGAGGAUGAGCAUGGUUGUAAUGGGAGGAUGACAGCUUCACAGGUUCUGUUGCAGCUAAUUACUUGUGGGGCCGACUCAGUUAGACAUGUCGUUCCAGUGAAAACUAAGCACGAUCAAGGGUGUACGGUAAGCGUGGCGUAUGGUAAAAGUUUAAGGGGUGAAGUACUGAAUCAGUAA